AUGGAUUUAAUACCUGCGGUUCAAGUUUCGUUGUCUUGGUUGCGAAUGGUGAAUUUGUAUUUGGAGCAUAAAUACAAAGAAGAGCAUUGGCGAAGAUAUUGGGUGAAACCGCAUUUGUAUCCAAGUAUAAGAAAUAUGUAUGGUGCUUUUGCGGUUACCUUUGAAUACAUGAAACGGUCAAAUCAUGAGGAUUUUUAUGACAUUUACCGAAUGAAGGAAUGCCAAUUUGACGAAUUACACGAAAUGUUGAGGUUGAAUCUAGAAAAAUCAUAUGUAGUUAGAGAACCUUUGUCAUCGGAGCUAAGACUUGCAGUUAUGUUACAUUAUCUGGCACAGGGAGAUAGCGUGAAAACAUUAUCCAGGUACUAUUUAAUUGGAAAAUCGACCAUGUACGAAAUUAUUGCUCAAGUCAGUAAAGCGAUUUGGGAUAUUUUGUCAAAAAUUUAUUUAAAAAAUAAAACACCUGUAGAAUGGCAAGCAGUUGCUGAUGAAUAUGAGAAAAAAUGGAAGUUUCCGAACUGCAUAGGAGCCAUUGAUGGGAAACACAUUCGAAUUAUAAAACCGCCACAUUCUGGCAGUACUUUUUUUAAUUAUAAAAAAUAUUUUAGCUUCGUCCUGAUGGCAUUGUGUGAUGCCGAUUACAAAUUUACCUGGAUCGACGUUGGAGAUUAUGGAUCCCUGUCUGAUUCGAGUGUAUUUGAUGCAACUGGUUUUGCUCAGGAAUUAACCAGUGGUCGCUAUCUUCUUCCUAAAGCAAGAUGCCUUCCAGGAACCAAUUCAGUUCUUCCAUAUUUUAUAAUAGGUGAUGCUGGAUUCGGUUUGAAAACAUUUUUGAUGCGCCCUUACAGUCAAAAAUUUGUAAAGAAUUACAGAGAAGAAAAUUUCAAUUUUCGUUUAUCAAGUGCACGUAUUCCAAUCGAAAUUUCCUUUGGAAUAUUGGUGAGCCGAUUUCGAGUAUUACUUGGAAUGCUAACUUUAAAAUUAAGCACAUCAAUCAAUAUAGUUAAGUGCUUGGUAUGUCUUCACAAUUUCCUCAUGACAAAGGAUGGUUCAGAAGAGGCUUAUCCGUAA